AUGGCGUCUGCCCCUGAUACUACUUCCAUCCCGGGUUAUACCAUCUUCCGGGAGGGUGACUAUGAUAGUGUUGCUGCAGCUGCUAUGCUGCCAAAGGGAACAACUCCCCACCCUUUAGACCAGCUCUCCAUUAAGGAAAUCCCCCAGACUGCCAAGAUUAUCCGAGAAUAUGCGAGCCCCAAGACUAUCAAGUUCAACUGUCUCACUUUGCGCGAGCCUGCCAAGGCCGAGUACCAGGCCUUCCGCGCCGGAAAGAUCCCUGCUCCUGAUCGCCGUGCUUUUUCAAUUGUCAUCGAACGCGAGACAAGUGAGGUCGCUGAGGUCGUGGUUAACCUGACCACCGGCAAGGUCGAGUCAUGGAAGAAGACCAAGGAUGUCAUGCCCACUCUCACACUUGAGGACCUGGAUAUCAUGGAGCGCAUCUCCCGCAAGGAUUCCCGUGUGAUCCGUGCCUGCAAGGACCUUGGCAUCACCGAUAUGUCCAAGGUGUUCAUCGAUGCCUGGGCCAUUGGUAUUGAUGAGCGCUGGGGCUUCGAGCACCGUCUGCAGCAGGGUCUGGCCUACUACCGGUCCUCCGAGUUUGACAACCAAUACGCUCACCCAUUGGACUUCACAAUCGUGGCCGAUACUGAGAAGGAGGAGGUCCUUAGUGUGGAUAUUCGCCUGGUGAAUGGUGAGCGCACCGCUGUGCCUCUCCAGGAGCACAACUACCUCCCCCAGUACAUUGGCGACAAGUACAACCACGACCGCCUCAAGCCCAUCGACAUCACCCAGCCUCAGGGUGUCUCCUUCAAGGUCCGCGGCAAUGAGCUCUCCUGGGCCAACUUCAAAAUGCACAUCGGAUUCAACUACCGCGAGGGUAUCGUCAUCUCCGAUGUCCGCACCCACGACAUGUACGAGGACCGCGAGCGCACUCUCUUCAACCGUAUCAGUGUCGUCGAGAUGGUUGUCCCAUACGGCGCCCCCGAGAAGCCCCACCACAAGAAGCACGCCUUCGACGUCGGCGAGUACGGUACCGGUCUCAUGACUAACUCCCUCAAGCUGGGUUGUGACUGCAAGGGUGCCAUCCACUACAUGGAUGGAGUCAUGUCCACUGCCAACGGUGAAGCCGCCGUCAUCAAGAACGCCAUCUGCAUCCACGAGGAGGACAAUGGCCUCCUGUACAAGCACACCGACUACCGCGACGGCACCGUCAUCUCAGCUCGCGACCGCAAGCUCAUCGUCUCGCAGAUCAUCACCGCCGCCAACUACGAGUACGGUUUCUACCACACCUUCACCCUAGACGGCACCUACAAGCUCGAGAUGAAGCUUACCGGCAUGCUAAACACCUACUGCUUGCACCCAACUGAAGAAGCCGCUCCCUUCGGCACCCAGGUCGCUCCCCAGAUCACCGCCCACAACCAUCAACACAUCUUCUCCCUUCGUAUCGACCCUGAAAUCGAUGGCCCCAACAACUCCGUCGUCCAGAACGACGCCGUGUCCGCUGAGGCCGCCGUCGGCUCCCCCGAGAACCCCUACGGAAACGCCUUUUACAGCAAGAAGACCCUCCUCCGCACAUCCCUCGAAGGCGCCGCAGACUACUGCUACGAAACAAACCGCACAUGGGACAUCAUCAACCCCAACCGCAUCAACAAAGUCGCCAAAAAGCCCGUCGGUUACAAGAUCGUGAACAACAACUGCCCUCCCCUCCUCGCCAAGCCUGGCAGCACAGUCUACAACCGCGCUGCCUUUGCUCGCAAACCACUCUGGGUUACCCCGUACAAGGACUACGAGCUCUUCCCCGCUGGUGACUACGUCUGCCAGUCCACCGGCGAAGAGAACCACCCCCACAACUCCACGAUUCUGGACUGGGCCAAGCGGAACGAAAAUAUCGAGAAUACCGAUAUCGUUUGCUAUCUCCAGUUUGGAUUGACUCACUUCCCCCGUACGGAGGAUUUCCCGGUUAUGCCUGCUGAGCCGGUGAGCAUUAUGCUUCGGGCGUCAAAUUUCCAUGAGAAGAACCCUGGUCUUUGGGUUCCUCCUUCGGCUAUUUGUGUUGAUACGCAGUCUAAGGAGGCAUUUCCGUCUUCCUGCUGUGCGGCUAAUGCGCCUACUGGACCGUCGCGAUUGUAA